AUGCUAUUCAAAAAUAUCUUGCCAAUUCUCGCUACAUUUCUCGCAAGUCCUUUUCUCGUCACUGCAUUUCCAAAUGGGGCGGGUACAUGUGACGUAAAUGCCAUGGCAGCAGGAGCGCAUGGAGCUUCAGCACAACCUAAUAACGGUGGUGCAGAUGGAUACACUAUCACUACCGCAAUGAAUGGGGCAAGCUAUGAUAUUACACUCAAUGGGCCAAAACCAAUAAAAGGUCUGCUAAUUUAUGUUGUUAAUGCUAAAGGUGAUCGAAUUGGUGAUUUCAAAAUCCCGACGGGUCUCCAACAAAAACAAUGUAAUGGUACUGGAGUCAACACAUUAACUCAUAAAGAUAGCACAUUAAAAACUCUUCCGAUGAAACUUUCGUAUAGUUCGGGAGGUGUUAAAACCGGACAAUGGAAAGUUAUGUCGUUGGUUGUGCAAGAUUUCAAGGAUUGGAAUAAAUUAGACGACACAACUUUUGAUCUGGCCACCGGAAAAGUCGUCAGUGGCACAUCAGGCACUUCCGAUGCCUCGUCCAACAGUUCAUCAAGUGGAUCAGGAUAUGGUGCUUCUGGCGCAUCUCACCAAGCGGACAUUUCAUUCACUGUCUAUGCUUAUUCAACUAUCGUUGCUUUAGUUUUCUUAAUGCAAACUAUGAAUAGACUUUAA